AUGACCACGCUACUAAUACUACCACCGCAUCUGAUCGAGACGAUCCAGGACUUACUGAAGAGCGAUGUGGACCUACCGGAAGAAUUACGAGAUGAACUAGACCGAGCGACGAGUAAUCGGAAUGCUGAAUACGAGUUGGCCGGUACAUCAGAGGAUGAUUCGAGACAAGGACCUGAAGAUAGAGACAAGGGAGACCUCGCUGCCCUCACUGUCAAAGACACGCCACCGCAGCGGACUAUACCCCAUCAGACGAUAGAAGAGUUAUCUCGCUGGGCAGGAUCACAUCAAGGGAUAAAACAGUUAGAGAAGAAUGGACUAGACCCGAGUAGAUACAACACGAUAUCGCUGUUGGCAGGUACGGAGAUAUAUAUACCGCCGAAUGAGCUGGAGAGGUUGAAGCUCUCUGAAAGUGGUGACAAGCCAAGCCCCUACCUGCCCUCCUACCUAUCUCCUUCAACCAGCACCUCCUCCUCAUUUGGCAAAGAAUUCCGUAAUCUUUCCAAAACUAUCUCUACCGUACUCAACAUCCUCUUCUCCAUCUUCGGGUCGUCCAUCGCAGUAUAUGUCGUCUCCACUAGCAGUGCAGGCUACUCCAGGGAAAUAUCAAUCCUUCUAGGCAUCUUGACUGGUAUAAUCGUAGGAGUUGCAGAUAUGGUAUUGGUCUAUUUGUAUACUAGGAAAUUGGACGAGGGAAGAAGGGAGAGUAAGAAAGUGGGAUUGAAGAUGUUGAGAGGAUCUGGCAAGAUUGGCGAAAAGGAUGAGGGUGAGAAGGAUAGCAGUGUCGAUGGUGAAAAAGAGGAUGAGAGUGUGGUGGAUUUAUCGCAGACGAGUGAUACAUUAUCGACUGCUGUCAAGAAGGAAGUACGAUUGAGGCGAAGGGGAUUGAAUGGAACUACGUAG